GACAUCACAAAAUGACGAUAUUAACCGGGUUGGGAAAUGGUGGGGAAAAGCGGCGUUAGGUUUGGGAAAUACCUCUCUUUCUCCUUCGUUAUCCCAGCUACUGGUACGGGCUUAGCUCCGGUCAUCCUACACCCUCCGCAACCUUCAUUAUCUCUCUCCUCACCCCUCUCCGUCCGUUUGUAUAUCCGUUAAUUUCUAAAAAUAAAAACCCCUCCUUUCCACCUUCCUGUGGCGGGAAAAUGAACUACAAAAUCCGAUCAUUCAAAAUUUGAGUUAAAAUGAAGCUGAAAAAUCAAAUUAAAAUCACGGAUUUGGGUAUCUGAGGUGAGAUUAUUGAUGGGAUUGUAAGAUUAUAGCGGGAUAUGGAAACUAGGGUUUCAGUUCAUAAUUAUACCAGCGCUGAUAAUGAUGAAAACAACACCAACCAUAACACCAAUGAUAUCAAUUUAAGAUCAGCUGAUUCUUACAUUGAUGAGAGUAAUUUGGAUGAAGUGAAAGAGGGUGGUGAAAUCGACCGAAUUAGUGAUGGCGAUUGUGAUGCCGUCACUGUAGAUAGUUUAGAUCACGACGAGGGCUCUAAUAAUAUUGAGUGCUUAGAUGAGGCAUACAAAAGCCCUAUUCAGAUUCCGCACAUUGGUGUCGAAGAUGAUCGGUCUAGUCUAGGAAGUAGUGGGUCUCUAAGAAAUUCCUUCAAUGCGCUAACAACGAAGGAUGUUUUGCCAAUUGAAACUGCAAGAGCAAGGUUCUUGCAAAUUGUUUUGGAUAAUUUCAUCACUGAGCAUAUUAUGGAGAAACGGGGUACUUGUAUGAAUAAUAUUGUUGAGCUCGGAGAUGAUAAAUCAAACAAGAGAAAAUCAACAGACGUUCAGUAUGAAGGAGACCCAAGGUUUGUUUUGCCGCUGAUGUAUGUGGCUAACUUGUACGAAACUAUGGUCACUGAAGCGAACAUGAGAAUUGCCUUGUUAAAUGGUUUGCGUGAAAAGACUAUUGGAGUUGCUCUUGAAGCAUCCGGCGGGCUGUAUAGAAAGUUGACUCAGAAAUAUCCUAAAACAGGUUCUUAUUCUUUUAAAAGACGGGAAUUGGCUACUUCUCUCGAAACAAGGACUAGGUUCCCAGAAUUAGUUGUACAAGAAGAGAAGCGGGUUCGAUUUGUAGUGGCCAAUGGCUUAGAUAUUGUUGAGAGACCAAAUAGUGUUCCUGAUGAUGAUGCAGAAUGGUUCAAGCGUUUGACCGGUCGGACUGAAAUAGCAAUUACUGCCAGGGACUACAAGUUCUACAACCCAAGGCAUAAAGUUAGGCGUGCCUUAUCAAACACUUCACCCAAUAUCCCUUGUUUGCUUUCAUACCCCAGCAACAGUGACCACGAGUUCCAGUCUGCAACAGAGAAUCCAAGGGAGCAGCAGACACCAUCAAAACAUCCUUUGGUGACGUUGGCUCGCCAGCCACAAUUUGAAGCCGUUAUCGUGAACAAUCAUCAGUCUCUUGACCAGAAUCAACAGACUAUGCGUAUACCUUGCACUCAUGAAAGUGGGCAAUCUUCCCAUGGCCAUGAAUCUCCAAUUCUUUCUCAGAACAUGGCAUCAUUAGAGUCUCUUGGAGGAAGCCACAUAGUAGGUCGUUUGCAUAUGAUGCCAACUAGUCCUGCAAAGUUCUGUGAUGAAUGUGGGUCUCCGUACCUGAGACCAACUUCCAAGUUCUGCUCAGAAUGUGGUACAAAGAGGUUUGGGAUUUGAGUCGCUCCUACUAAACUAUGUACUUCAUGAAUCUUCGAUUAUUAUCUUGUUAUGUUCAUACUGUAUGAUUGAAUUCAAGUUAUACCUUUCAUUAGCACCAGAAUAAUGGCCUUGUUCCUAGGCUUUAGUCUAUUUAUUUGCGGGAGAAUAUCUCCAUGCAACUACUCCAAAAGUCCAAAUCCCCUAUACUACUACUGUUUGUAUAACAAAUAGACCAAAAGUUACAUAGUGUUGUAUGUAAUCCAUGUAUUAAGACGAUAGUGCAAAAGUCAUAACAGUGUUGUAUGUAAUCCAUGUAUUUAGAAAUGAAGUUAGUGAUACAUGUUAAUUUUUUUGUGUUGUUUACCAACAA